AUGGUUAUGGCAAGAGAAUGUCAACAGCAACAACAACAACAAGCAAAAGGUUUAUUUUGUCUCUGUAAUAAUGCCAAAUGGCGUACACGUCGUCGUCUUAUUACACCAUCGUUUCAUGAUACUCAAUUGUUGCACAAUUUUAUGCUCAUAUUUAAUGAACAAUCUUGUGUAUUUGCUCGACGUCUUGAGGAAUGCAUUUCAGUUGGAGAUGAACCGAAAGCAUACGAUCUUUAUCCGUAUAUAUCAACAUGCACACUCGAUAUUAUUGCUGAGUCGGCUUUGGGCAAACAUGUUGAAGCUCAAUCAAGCGGUGGAAAGAAUAAAUUCGUCGAAGCAACCGGACGCGUAUGUGGUAUAAUAAAUCAUCGCAUACGAUCUCCAUGGAUGUGGCCUACAUGGAUCUUUGAUCGAUUACCGAUAGGUCGUGAACAAGCCGAACGACUCAACAUCCUUCAUGGUGUCUCUCGCAAGAUUAUUGAAGAUCGUCUUGCUACAUUCAACGCUGAAAAUAUCACAAGUAAUAGUGAGAAGAAAACCACUCGUCGUCUUGUCUUUCUUGAUAGUCUUCUCGCUCAAAUGAAUUCUGAACAACUCACAUUAGACGAUAUUCAAGAAGAAGUCGAUACGUUCAUGUUCGAAGGACAUGAUACAACAGCAGCUGCUGUCAACUUUACCUGUUAUUUAAUUGGAUCUCAUCCAGAUGUUCAAGCAAAACUUCAUACUGAAAUAGAUGAUAUCUUUUCUGAUGGCCAAACGAUACGAAAGGGUACUACCGUAUAUAUUUUCAUUUAUGGUGUUCAUCAUGACUCAAAUGUAUUUCCUCAGCCGGAACGAUUUGAUCCAGAUCGUUUUCACCAAAGUUCAGUGACGAAUGAGGAACGUUCGCCUUUUGCUUUUGUUCCAUUCUCAGCUGGAUCUCGCAACUGCAUUGGUCAACGUUUUGCUCUGCUUGAAGAAAAGGUUAUUUUGUCAACACUACUUCGUCAAUACUCUUUACGUGCCACACAAACCAUCGAUGAAUUACAACUUUCUUUCGAAGCUAUCAUGCGACCUACAGUUCCAAUCAAGCUCUUUAUUGAACAUCGAAAGUUUCAAUGA